ACACUCUUCAUCUUUCCCAGUAAUUAUUUGUCAAUUAAUCAGCUUUAAAAUUCUAAAAAAUCCUCCCGUUUUUUCUAUUUCAUCUGAAUUCGCCGAUAUCUCAAAGCCAUCCUCUUUCAACUCUUUAGAAUCGUUCGAGUUUGGUAUUAGUUGAGGCAUGGCUGGGAAAGUUGUGGACGCUCUGACCGCCAGUUUCUCUGAGUAUGACUUUCUUGAAGGUGAUGAUGGGCAGCAUAGAACCAUGGUUUCAUCCUCAAAUCAAAGAAUUCCAAGGAUUGACCCUUCACUAUUGAAACUUAGGCAUAGAAUUGGAAGGGGACCUUUUGGCGAUGUUUGGUUAGCAACUUAUCAUAGUUCGACAAACGAUUAUGAUCAAUACCAUGAAGUUGCCAUCAAGAUGUUGCAUCCGGUUAAGCAAGAUGAUACCAGGACAUUGUUGGAUAAGUUUGAUGAUUUAUAUUCCAAGAGCCAUGGUGUGGAUUAUAUUUGUUCUUUACGGGAAUUUCUAUUAUAA